AUGGCUAUCCUAGAUAACGACGUACUGUUAGAGAAUUUGCAAGAUUUAGAAGAAAUCCCGCAGAACGUGUGUUCCCCACGUGGGAAAUGGGAGAAGGUUUUAACUGAAGCUCUCGUGGAGAUCAGUGAGAAGCUUUUAUAUGAUGACCAGAAGUCAGUUGAGCUGUUAAUAGGGACAGGAUGGGAAGAAGCGGUUGGCGGAUGGGGUCCAGUUUCUGCUACAGCCUGCAUGUACCCGGUUAGGAAACCGAAAAAACUGAAACAAGUAGAGGUUACAGACUGUCUCCUGUGCCUUGACUUGUACUAUGUACCAGACAAUAAAGACGGGACAUCAUCAGAAACAAAAGACACAAUACACGUUAACCAUAAAGAGAUGCCUGGAGCAGAACAGAGACCGGUCAGUACCAUUCCUGUAGAGGAGGACCUGCCCUCUGAGUUUACAGAUCACUGCCUUUCUACUGCCAUGGUUUCCACAACAGAAACACAUUGUGAUACAGUAAACCUAGUAUCUCCUGGAGAACAAAGACCGAGCAAGGAUAGGAAUGUACAAGCAAUCUCAUCUCCAUUUACAAGCAAAGCCAUUCCGAUUUGUACUAACUGUUACAAUGUGGACGAACUCCAUAUCUUACGCUCACCAAUGUUACUGCCACCUCUCAAAGUGACUGCUGGAAUCGGUCAUGCCGAACACAUGGCAAGAAGAAGAGAUUUUCUCAUGCAGCAGCUUGAAAAGCUUCCAUCAAAGGGGUCUGUAAGGGGCACUCUGAACGGUCAUAUCCUCAGCAAUACAGACUUGAGGGCAGAGAGGAGACUCCUUGAAGCGUUAUCAGAACUUCCUCAAGAGCAGCUGAAAGUGCCAGAACACCUAUCCUUUAUCACGUCUUGUGUUCCAAAAACACCCAUCAAAGAGCUUGACCAUUUCCAAUGGCCCAGGUCACCUCAAGAGCAAAAGCUGAAUGCACCCAAUGCCCAGCUGUCCAUAAAGCAGAACAUUAACUCAGCUCCAAUAGGCUUCCUCCACACCAAAACAAUACAGAACAAGCGCAAUGUGCGCCAAGAAGUAAGACCUCUCAAUGACACGAGGUAUAGAAGAGCAAAAUCGAAUACCACCUCGGUUCUUAGAAACACUGUAUUACCUUCUCUGAUUGUCACACGGGUGGAUAUACCACCGAGGAUUAAACUGUGCUAA